GAAGGAGGAGGGGCCUGGCGCUCCUCCUACCGGCGGGGUCGAGGUGGGGGGUGUACAGAGAGCGCGGCCACCAUGUCGUCCGUGGCGGAGAUGUACGAUGUCACUUGGGAAGAGAUGAAGGACAAGCUUCGGAAAUGGAGGGAGGAGAACUGUCGAAACAGUGAGCAGAUCCUGGAGGUCGGAGAGGAGAUCAUUAAUGAACAUGCGUCCCGGCUUGGCGAUGACAUUUGGAUCGUUUACGAGCAGGUGUGCAUUGCAGCGCUGGACUGCUCACGCCUCGACCUCGCAGUCCACUGCCUGAAACAGCUGCGGAGGCAGUUUCCUGGCAGCCACCGUGUGAGGAGGCUUGAGGGCAUGAAGUAUGAGUUCCAGGAGAAGUAUGAUGAGGCCAACAAACUCUAUGACGAGAUCAUCCAGGAAGACGACGCUAACACGGCAGCGAGAAAACGCAAGAUCGCAAUCCUCAAGGCCCAGGGAAAGGUGGCGGAGGCCGUCAAAGAGCUCAACGAGUACCUCAAGCUAUUCGUUGCUGACCAGGAGGCGUGGCAGGAGCUGGCAGACCUCUACGUGUCCGAGCUUGAGUACAGCAAGGCGGCCUUCUGCCUGGAGGAGCUCAUCCUUUUCAACCCCCACAAUCACCUGUUCUGCCAGAAAUAUGCAGAGGUGAAGUACACACAGGGAGGUCUGGACAACAUGGAGGUGGCCAGGAAGUACUUUGCUCAGGCACUCAAGCUCAACAACAUCAACAUGCGCGCCCUGUUCGGCCUCUACAUGUCCUCCGUGCAUGUCGCCUCCAACCCCAAGACGAACACCAAGAACAAGAAGGACAACCUCAAGUAUGCGUCGUGGGCCGCCUCGCAAAUCUCCAGGGCCUACCAGCUUGUGGGUUCGGCACAGAAGGACGGCAAGGGCUCCGUCAAGAUGGUGGAGGACAUGCUGCAGUCGCUGCAGAUCACACAGAGCUAGACCACCCUGGCCACACCGCCACUGCUGCCAUGCGCAGACCUCUACACGUACGCACACCCACCUGUGCUCACACCUGCCUGUCAUCACACCUGUACACACACCUCUGCACACACCGGAUUUUGCACCCGCACAUCUGUACACACGCACUGCCCCUGCAUGCGCAGACCUGUACUCGCACGCAAGUCCUGUUAGCCAGCACGCAUUAAGACCGGUGCAGUGCAUGAGAGGGUGGUGUAGCAAGCAGCAGAUCCAACUAUAUAUGUCUCCCCAGUGCUGAUAUUUAACUCCACACCUAUUACUCAUUUAAGGCUGAGUCAACCUAGUGGAGGCCCAGGACCAGUAACAGACAUCAUUCACCAAGAAUGUUAACCAUGACUGGUGCACCAACAACAAAUGGCAUUCUCUGGCGAUAUCACCACAGCGCAUGUGCCAGGCUAAGUGCACUAUAAGGCCAGAUGAAGUGUCGAAGGACCACUGGCAGAAGGCCACAGGGUAGACCCAGGUGUUAUGGGUUAACUGAGAUGACUGGUAGUUCCACCUCCUGUUCUCCCUGCUGUGCCCACUGGGCACAGUUGGCUACACACACACAUCUGUAUAUACAUUGCCUCGAUGUGCACAGACCUCGAUACACACAUCGCAUGUCAUCCAUACACACCCAUAUCACACACAACUCGUGUGGCACGCACACGCCCAAGUCAAACUUCGCUACGCGCCCGUGCCAUGUUGCGGAGUGGAGCCCCCUUCCGUAAUGAAGACGCCUGGUCUACCCCACCCCCACCCCUGGCACGGAGCGGUCGCCUCCAACCCCACAGAUCAAUGGGGAAGGGGACCCAGGCAGCAGAAACUUGAAACGUCCAGGACUUUUUACAGACUCGUAAGACGAGCAUCGAAAUUCAGAAAGUGUGGGAAGAAUGAUGGCGGUGAUGCGGCAAUGGCCGUAGCGUUACCGGGUCCACUCGCACCACCCCAGCCCUAACGGCGCCGCUGACGCCAUGGGACCAGCAGCAGCACCAGCGAGAGGGAGCGAACGCCGGGACCGGAAGAACUGUCGUGAAUAGUGUGUCGACUUGAGCUCCGACACCAACAGGAGCGGUGGUGGCAGGUGGUGGCGGCGGCGCUGACCCUCAGCGGAGAGCGAGUAUUUAUUGUUGGGGGGAGCGCAGUGCUCUUGUUUAGUAUGUGUUUGACUUCUAUUCUUAUUAAAGAGAGGACUUCACACAAUCACAUCCUGCCGGGUGUAGAGUUGCAGCUGUAACUUUUAGUGUCAUGUUUAUUGUUGCUGUGAAGCACUCAUUGAGGGUCUAUGACUUCCCAUCCCAUCCAUCUGAUCCAUUCCCACGCCAAUCGCCCAGCUCGUUACGAUGCUGCACUAAUGGCUGCUUGGUAGUUGUAGCGUGGCAGGGUGCUGGGUUUAGGGUUGGCUUUCUGGAUUGAUGUUGGAUGAGCUGGAAAUAUGAUUGUGUUGGGUGUAGGCUGGGACUCAGGGCAGUGAGUAUAGAGUUUGGGUGCUACGCUGGGUAUAGGUUCGGUGUUGAUCCCAUUGCAUCUGGUAAUAAUUUGGGUGUUCUGGGUAUUGGUCUAGAAAUAGUGGAUUUAGUUUGACUGUUGGCUGCGUCAUGGUCUUGUGAUACAGCGUAUAGUGUGGGCGAUAUUGAGCAGUAACAUAGCAUGGGUGGCAUGGGCCUUGGUGUAAGGAAUAAAAUCAGGACCCCUGUCCAAUCCCCCCCACCCCUGUUCAUAGCCAUUUGUCUGAGCCCUUCAGCCUGUGGGCCCCGGGGCGGUUGCACCACCUGCACUCCAUAGCGACACCAAUGGUGCUGGAUGGAGGCUGGGUGUCGAUCCAAGUUGGGGCGUUGUGUCUGGAUGGGUGUUCGACUUUGUCUGGGAGUUCUUUGGCAGUGGGUUUAGUUUGGGGGGUUGGUUCGCAUUUGAUCCUUAUGGCGGUACCCAAUAAUACAAAAUGGCCGAGGCAAUUAAAUAUUUUAUUUCUGGGGCACUUUAUUUCCAGGGGUGUAUUUAACUCCGCGACUGGGGUACCAAUCAAUCCGAAAUCAGUGCUACUUCGCUAUGUCGAAACGCAGCGAGGACGAUUGUGCUGAAACCCUGAACGCUCGUACGCACCAUAGUGGUGCAUCGUGUCCAGCUCGUCGAGAUGAGUCGAUUGCCGCAUCGCUGACCAUCAACAGAGUAAAAAUUACUGCAUCACGGACAUUAUGCGAGAGCCGGGGUACUAAGGUACCCCGGGUUCUUGGGUACCGCCAUGAGGUUCAUUUGAGGUAUUGGGCUGUUUGUUCAGUUUGGAAAUCUUGGGUGGUGGAUUGAGAUUGGGUGCAGUCGGGAUGUAUGUUUAGUUGGGUGUUCUCUUUUACUGCUGAGCGUGGGUAUGGUGGUUGGGAUGUACAGUGAGUGUUGGGUGUAGGGCAGGUGUUGCGCUUGGCUGAGGUUCGUGUUGACCCUGACCUGAGACCCUUAACACAGUCGUAACCCCAGUCGUGACCUUUAUAACUGCCACCCAUCGCGUUCGUGGCUGUGCAAUGCUGUGGAGUUUAAGUUGAUCUUAAAGACAUAAGGCAGCUGCGUGUAUUGCUCUGAUGGCUGUGCUGUUUCACAACCGCACCCAACACGAGAAUCGUGGUCCACGGCGUCGGCUACCCCCGUUCGCGACUCUAUGACCUAUUCUCCACUGGCACACCUGGGCCAUGCCAUCGCAGGGCCCUCUCGGUAUGGGUGGUUUCCACAAAUUGCCAAGAUGAGCUGGAACCAUGCAGUAAAACUUUGACCUCAUUUCAGACGUCUGGCUCGGGGUCAAGCGGAAGUCACGGAUGGAUUUAAUCAUCCUCGACGUAUGGGUUGGGCAGUAACUAACACGUUCAUUGUAUGCGAUGUCAGCGGCACGGAUCUGGGUCUCCAGUGGAAAAAGCUGCCAUCUAAUGCUGGCUCGGCACAGCCCCGACGUAAUUUGGUUGUACAGUGGAAAAGAAGCGUGCAGAUGUGAGGCCAAGCUGAUGGGCUGCGUGACCGGUUUUACACCACAACCUGGGUAAGGCAUUUCCCCUGGUGUACCUGCCAAGCCAGUUUCUGUCUCACCCAGACCCUCCUGUUUCCCCUUGUUCUUUUGACCCAUGGUCUCCACAUCUGUGUGUCCCCAUCUCCUACUGUGUCUCUGACUCAUGACCCCUUCUCUCCCUGACCCAUGGCCCCUGUCCACCUAUCUCUCUACGUUCUCGUCUCUCUUCCCACGUUCCCCUGUCUCAUCCCUCGAAACAAUUUACCCCCGUGUCCCCUACGAGUGGCUCGCCUGUGCUUCAGCAGAAUGUCGCUGUGUGCGCACACAUGAUUUUAACGUCGAUAUUUUUCAAAGAAAUAAAAUCAAAGAAGGUGA